AUGGGUCCAGAGCGGUCGCCACGCCGGACUUCAAAACGAUCUGUUGCCAAAGGAGGCUCUGGGGUUGACCUGGACACUCACCAAGAACUUAUUACCAGGCUUUAUCAUACCGAAGAAAAGUCGCUGGAGGAAGUGAUGAGAAUCAUAAGUGAAGAAUGGAACAUCAACGUUUCAGAGAGGGUUUUUAAAGGCAAGAUCAGCCAGUGGAAUAUCCAGCGCAAUCUAAGCAGGAACGACGUGGCGGCCGCUCUACAUCUAGCUCGGCGGGCGGAGCGGAACGAAAGAACAUGUAAAGUUUACAUCAGGGACAAGCACGUUAGCUGGGAACGGAUUCAUGAAUAUUUGAGGAAGAAGAAAAUAAGUGCAGAAUCACUGGUAGAGAGCGAUCCAUGCGAUGUCAUACCGCCAUAUAUCACUGUCGAGGUUGUGGACUCGGCUGCCACUACACCAUUGUUGUCCAUACCACCCAUUGAGCCCGGAUUGGAUCUUGUCACUAGCUACAACUAUCCUCCGCAUUCAGCGCUCAAUGGGUCGCACGCCACUACCAUGGCCCCAAGUAGCGGUUCGUUGGCCAAGACCACUCCUAGACACGACUUAGCAAAUGGAUCUUACAAUGCGGCUUUCGGUGAGGCAGCUUCAGUCACACUGUCGGCAGAAACAUACCAAAAACAUCUGCCCCUACCAUGGCAACAUGAUCAGGUAGGGCAGGUUGCCCGGCGCGAGCUUGCUGAAUCUACAUCAGAAUCUCUCACAACGAUUGUCCAACAGUCCGUUGGAGAUCUAAUUGAUACCACAGAUCCGCCAGUCGAAUCGCCUGAAAUGUUGAAUUUCUACGGUUUUAUGUCUGUAACACCGUCGUCCGUUGGCCGUGUACCUGGACAAAGCCAAAGCAUAAGUCCUCUCAGUUACACUAAGAGCUCGCUUUACCCGCAGGAUCAUCUGUUGGACGAUACAAUGGAAGCGGAGCAGCACAAACACUAUUCAAGUAACGACGGAUCGUACAGUCAUUCGCAGGUAGGAUCUGAUACCCUCCAGCCACUCGAUUGGCCGGCUUACUUCCUCUCACGGUCCAUAUGGGCCUUGUUACGUAAGAAGGAUGGGUUGUACCAUGAAGCUGAAUUGGCAAUGAAAGAUGCCUCGAAAAGUUUCGAAAGAAUGGUUGCCAAUCGUCAUGGAAGCUGCUUGACAAGCCUGAACUACUUAUUGGGGCUAUUGGAAGCUCAUGGUAAGCGCGACGUAGCAAUGGAGCUUUUGGGGAAGUUCAGCGUUGCGGCAUCGUCCAUGAAAAGUUCGCCUGAGACGGAGUCAGUCAAACGCACGAUCCGAUUCAAAAUGGAUAUCUUUUCAGGAUUGAAGGUAGAAGAAAUGUUUCCUCCAGCUACUUUCAGAGACAUCCACUCCUGCUUUGAAAGAUCCUGGGGGCCGAAUUCACCUUCUACAUUGGCAUGUCUCUGUAAUCUAGGCUGGCGGCUUGCUGGCGACAAAGGUGCUAAACGACAUGAGGAAGCACUAGAAGUAUUGUCCCAAGCACGCGUCAGCUUGGAACAAAACCUCGGUCACGACAACCCCCAGACCAUCAUGUGCCUGAAUGUGCUUGCCCGGGUGCUCUACAAUCUUGGAAAUUAUCCCGAAGCAUUGGAGGUGAUGGACAUAUCAAUGAGUCGCAUCACUACACAAUUCCCUGCUGAAUACCACCCAUUCCGAGUCGCUGCUCGUCGCAGACACGCCCUUUUCAUGGAGAAAGUUCGCAGCGGCAAUGCCGAGCCCAUACUCCGCGAUGUAGCGUCGAAGCGUUUCAGAGUUCUUGGGCCCGACUGCGCGCUGACUCAAGGAAGCAUGAAGGAACUGAGAGACUUCUUGAGAGAUCAGGGAAGACAUGACGACGCAAACAAUGCCCUUGAAGCUAUCAAAGAGUCAGCGUCGAGCAUAUCGUGUGGGGAGUCCGUAGUCCCAUUGUUCUAG